AUGACAAUCAAGGAAACAGACAUCAAAUUUCAAGCCGACACAUCUUCGGACCAUGAUGUGCAAAUGGGCAACUUCUCAAUUGAUCCCGUCCGCGAGAAGAAGCUUCUGUGGAAGCUUGACCUCUGCAUUUGCCCCUUAGUGAUGCUCAUUUUUUUGGUUGCCUAUCUUGAUCGUAGCAAUUUGGGAAACGCGGCUGUUGCAGGAAUGCCAGAAGACAUCGGUCUAGUUGGAAAUGAACUAGGGAAUGCCGUCUCUCUGUUUUACGCGACCUAUGUCUUUUUCGAGAUCCCAUUUUCGAUGCUUCUCAAGAAAUUACGCCCAAACAGAUUGAUAUCCGCGUUAAUCAUUGGUUUCAGUGCGUCAGUUCUUGCCGGCGGCUUUGUCAAAAAUGUUGCGGGGCUUUAUAUUACCAGACUUUUCCUCGGUGUUUUUGAGAGCGGUCUAUUCCCCUGCUUGACGGUUCUCUUGACCACUUUCUACAAGCGCGAAGAGCAAGCACAAAGAAUUUCAUAUCUUUUUGUAUCUGCUGCUCUGAGUGGAGGAUUUGGCGGCCUUCUAGCGUUUGGUUUGGUUCGCUUGGACGGCGCAAGUGGCCUCGAAGGCUGGAGGUGGCUCUUCAUUGUGGAGGGAUUAAUGAGCGCCGUCGUUGGCAUUGCCACUUUCUUCCUUCUUCCGAACAAUUAUGAAACCGCUUACUUCUUGAACGAGGAAGAUAAAGAGUUGAUGCGCAUGCGUAUGCAGCAAAAUGCGCGUUACGCUGAUUCCGAAGAAUUCGAUAUUAAGGAAGUGUGGAAAACCCUGAGAGACCCUAAGAGCUGGCUCACCUCCUUCAACCAAAUAUGCGUCAACACUUGUUCCUUCGGAUUCAGCACCUUCUUACCUACAAUUAUUCGAGGAUUUGGCUAUGAUUCUGUUAAAACCCAACUACUCACUGUCCCUGUGUAUAUCUGGGCUUCCGCUUUCUACUUGGUGGUUGCCAAUCUGUCUGACCGAGUUCGCAUGCGGGCUGUCUUCAUGGUCCCCUUGUGUCUCGUAACGGCCGUUGGAUAUGCUUUGAUGUUGGGAGUGGAUGUCCAUGCGCGUGGUCCACUUUAUUUUGCAACAUACGUUUGUGUUACUGGAAUCUACGCGGUUGUUGGCCUCGGAGUCAGUUGGAAUGCUAAUAGUCAUUCGGGUUACUAUAAACGUGCCAUGGCAGUGGGUCUUCAGCAAUCUAUCGGAAAUUGUGCAGGUUUAAUUGCGGGUCAAAUCUACAAGUCACCAGUUAAUGGGCGCUAUGUGACUGGGCAUUCCGUUUCACUUGCUACGAUCUGCCUUGCAUUCUUUGGAAACGCGGGAAUGUGGACGUUGCUGCGAUACCACAACACUAAGCGGGCUCAAAUGUCACCAGAGGAGAGGGAGAGGAUUGUCAGCUCAGGGUCCUAUGAGAAGAAAGGUGGAGACUUCCAUCCGGACUUCCGCUACAUCCUGUGA